AUGGACUCCAUGCCCUCGCAGAUCAAGAUCCCGGUCGUGGACUUUGCCCAGUGGAACUCCGAUGAUCUCAGUCGCCAGCGGGUAGCGCAAGAUAUUGUCGCCGCGUGCAAGAAAGUGGGGUUCGUGUACAUCGUCAAUCAUUCUCUCCCCGACUCACUGCUAGAGGAAGCUUUCCGUUGGUCUCAAAUCUUCUUCGAGCUCCCACAAGAAGAGAAACUCAAGGCUCCACAUCCUGAAGGAUGGGCCAUCCACCGAGGCUAUUCCUGGCCCGGCCUGGAAAAGGUAUCCCAGGCCAUGAGCGCAGAGCACGACCAGGAACAAGCCCGACAGUUGAGGGAGAUUCCCGAUAUCAAGGAGAGUUUUGACAUCGGCAGCGAAGACAAUGCUUCACAGCCAAAUCAAUGGAUUCCCGAGGAUUCACUGCCCGGGUUCCGCUCGUUCAUGACCCGAUUCUACUGGGAGGGAUAUCGUAUCGGAAGUGAGCUCUUGCGAGCUCUAGCUGUUGGACUGGGGCUGAACGAUGAGGAUCAUCUGCUGCAGAAACACUCCGGUCAUAAUAAUCAGCUGCGUCUAUUACAUUAUCCACCUGUACCAGCGGCGGAAUUGGAAGAAAAGCGCGCUGCCCGUUGUCCGGCGCACACAGACUGGAGCUCAAUCACCUUGCUCUUCCAAGACGACUGCGGUGGUCUGGAAGUCGAAGAUGUGACGAGCCCUGGCCACUUUGUGGCUGCAACUCCCGUCAAGAACGCAAUUGUAAUGAAUGUGGGAGAUCUUCUCCAGAGGUGGAGCAAUGAUCAGUUGAGAUCAACAAGUCAUCGGGUUACUUUGCCGCCGUUGUCAGACCGGUUUGAGGGAGAACAGCGAAUGACCCGUAGACGGUUUUCAAUUCCCUAUUUCCUGUCCCCCGAUCCCGACUCCAUGAUCGCGUGUAUUCCAUCUUGCAUGGGACCUGACGAACCCGCCAAGUACGAGCCGAUCACGCAAGCCGAGUACAACCAAAUGCGUGCUUCUAUGCAAUACUGA